AGAGAGAGAGAGAGAGAUCAUGGGAGGAGAGGAGUGGAGGAAAAAUGCAGAAACCCACAAAAUGAGUCCGGAGGAAGUAAAAGCCACCGGAGUGGAGGUCUCCAAAAGGCCACCCGGAAACCACCCGGGCAGAAUACUGCACCAGAGGCGCACUUUUCCUUACAGCUAUACCACCAUGGCCAUUGGGGGCCUCCUUAUCGCUGGCGCCAUCGGAUACUUCACCUUAUACGUCAAGAAAAAGCCUGAAGCCACUGCCGGAGACGUUGCCAAGGUGGCUGUGGGAGCCGCCAAACCUGAGGACACUCGGCCAAGGAAGUAGCUAGAUCUAGCUGCUAGUGGCUGUCUACGUGUGACGGUGUGAGGGUUUAAUUUGCUUGUAAAAAUGUUUGUUAAUUAGUGGACUCCGCGCAGGUUUUUCUUGGGUAUGGAGAUGGACCAAAUGCCUACUUGUUCCAUAUAUACUCUGGAUAUCGUCACAUUAAUUUUAUAUAUAUCUGCUUAAUUACAAUAGUACAAGAAUUUGCAACUGGCGAUGGAAUUGGAAUUUCUUCCAAUCCCAAAACUUUCUUCUUGGUCUCAACUUAAACUUAGACUUGCUUUCAAAUGUUUAUCAUAUUGGGCUCUUCACUCUUGGCCCAAUAUAACC